GCUAGCUGGGAAGCUCCCAGUUCUAAAGAGAGGCUGUUUACCAGAAGAGCAUAACAAGGGCCGGUCUGACUGCAAGGCUGGGAACUAGGAGACAAAACUGCUGCCAAGGAGACCCCAUUUGGACACUGGCUGUUCAGUCACCUGCAAGCAGGAAGAGGCAAGGAUGCUGUUGGCUUGGGUGCACACAUUUCUUCUCAGCAACAUGCUUCUGGCAGGAGCCUAUGGAUCUGGAGGCUGCUUCUGGGACAACGGCCACCUGUACCGGGAGGACCAGCCCUCGCCCGCGCCGGGUCUCCGCUGCCUUAACUGGUUGGCCGCGCAAGGCAGCGGCGAGUCGCUCGCCGAGCCCAGCCCCGGCAACCACAACUACUGCCGGAACCCGGACCAGGACCCGCGCGGGCCCUGGUGCUACAUCAGCAGCGAGACCGGCGGCCCUGAAAAGCGGCCCUGCGAGGACGUGCGUUGCCCAGAGACCACUUCCCAAGCACCACCUCUAUCCUCUACAACGGAGCUGGAAGAGAAGGCUGGUGCACCAGGUGACAAAGAGGCACAGGUGUUCCCUCCUGCUAAUGCCCUGCCAGCCAGGAGUGAGGCAGCAGAGGUGCAGCCAGUGAUCGGGAUCAGUCAGCGUGUCAGAAUGAACUCCAAGGAAAAAAAAGACCUGGGAACUCUGGGCUAUGUGCUGGGCAUUACUAUGAUGGUGAUCAUCAUCGCUAUUGGAGUUGGCAUCGUCUUGGGCUACACUUACAAGAGGGGGAAGGACUUGAAAGAGCAACAUGAACAGAAAGCAUGUGAAAGGGAGAUGCAGCGAAUCACCCUGCCCCUGUCUGCCUUCACCAACCCCACCUGUGAGAUCGUGGAUGAAAAGACCAUCAUCGUGCACAGCAACCAGACUCCUGCUGAUGUGCAGGAGGGCAGUACCCUCCUCACGGGCCAGGCUGGCACCCCUGGGGCCUGAGCCCCUGCAGUGGGCAUGUGUCCAUGGAGACACUGGACCAGGACAGGCCACCCUCCUGCAGUUGGGAGGAGCUACAUUUUGUGUUGUGGUUAAAACCUUAUCCCAUUUUUCUUUUGGCGGGGAUGUGACUCCUCAUGACACAAGCAGCAGCAGAUAGCAUUAUGGGUGAGGGCGAGGAGGCUGGGUAGGGUUCUAUCAACGCUCCUUUUCUAUCCCUUGGAGCAGGAUUUGCCUGCGGGGAGAGACUGGCACAGUAGCACAGUGGUGCUGUGGCAAAUAAGGGCUUCCAUACUGCCUGGGCCAGGGAAAGAUGGAGUUCGCUAAAGCCCCUCUGUGCUGUAUACUGAAGCUGGACUCAGGCUCUGCCUUUCCAUUUGCCAUCCAGGAACUUGAGUGGCGAAUACUGUUAUUCAUAGUUAAGGUCAAGCAGUAAAACAAACACACACACACACACACACACACACACACACACGAGUGAAUGAAAUAUUUGGGAUGGAAGUCCCUUCUGACUUCUAAGAACCAGAAAUGAAUUUGUACAAAAGCUAGAAUUCUGGGCUGGAGGUAGGUUUUAAAUGAGGACUGCUGGGUGUGCCCCAGCUUGCUGGUAGCAAUGUGCCUUGACAACUGUGGGCUAGGGCUGGGCCCAAGGGUCUCUUCCUGUCUUGUGAGGAAAGGGAAGAAUUGCACUAAACCUUCCACUUAGAUGAAGGACCCUCUUCUGCCUUCAGCCUCACACAGUAGAUCUGAAUAUCCAGACUGUCUUUUGGGGGCUGGAUAGAGGAACCUCUCCAUUUUGUGCUGGUAAGAAAAUAGCCAGCCAACCCAUGGGAGUUAUACACUUCAAGGUCUGGUGACCUGCAUCUGAAAGGUGAGCCUAGAGAUUAUGCCAGAGGCUAGGUAACAAAGGCCUGGUGGGCUUGCUUUCUAGUCCAGCCUGGCUUGUAGGCAGCCUUAUGGUCCCCAGGCCAGUUCCUUCCAUAGGGUUAAGAUUGUAACUGGUACAAAACAACCACUGAACCACUGGGAAGGACCUGGAGGGUUUUCCAGAGGGGGAAAAAGUGUCUUGCUCAAGAUCAAAGCAGCUUCUGAGUGUCCUACCGAGAGUGCCCAGCCUUCUGGCCUUGGCAGUGUCCCCACCCAGGAGCCCUUCUACUCCUGACACUGAGAGCAGGCUUCACCAGGCUGCUCUCUAGAGCCAUUUGUGAGGGGGCCUGGAUCUCAGGGUUCCCACGGUGGUGUUGACUGUGGGAAAGAGAACAGUACUACUUCCUACUUUCCUGUGAAAGUAUUUCUCUGUAUGUUUAAUAUACCUCAUUCUGACACCUGUGUAUGAACUAUGGCAAAUUCUCUGCAUUUGACUUGUAUAAACACAAAAACAUGGUUUUACCUUGCA